AGCCGCCUCAUCGAGUUCCCCUUGCUGCAGCACUCCUCACUGCAAUCCCGCAGCAAGGUGACUCGGAGCUUUCGGCCACCAGACAGUUCGUCGAGUUGCUGUCAUUGUGUUUGAAUCCCAUCACAUGCCCUCUUGAAGCUUCACGAUAUCUUCGGAUGUUCUCUCUGUCAUUAUAGUACCACCUAGUCUUGGACCCUCUGGACGUCACCAAGAGACUUUUCGCGCGAUCGAUUCGGUACCAACGGAACACAUUCUAACAAUGGCACCUUCUUUGACCCUGCGUCCUCGCACCCGCGACGAUCGUCCUCCUACAAGGGACAAUACCGACCACAGUCUCAUUAUUCCCAGCCGGACGUCUUCUCUCCACUCGCGAAUCACCCAGCCGCUUCCGUCAACUUUGAAUGUCAAACAGGGUGCCCGCACCCCCAAGACAUUAACCCAUGCGUACAUGGUAUGUGGUGUUGGCCGGGAGCCGUCGCAAUGGGUGAAGGCACCAGCACCAGCGCAGGGCAAGAUUGGGCACAUGAAAGGCGCAGUGGGCACUUUCUGGCUGCCAGAGAUCUUGGGUAGCAGUCCGAGAUUGGAGCAGGAUAACGAGAUUGCGAGGUCUCUCCAUGCUGCGAUGCGAGCCUGUUUCCCCCACGAUGUCGAGAUUUGCACCGGACGAAGCCAGCCCCAUUGCGUGCAUCACUCCUUUGUUCUCCAGCAAGAUUCGUCGCACACUCUUUACGGCAUUGCCCUUCGUGUUUGGUCUCGUGCCGAUGAGAAGAGAGCCGAGACGAUUCGUGAUCUGCGCAAGCGCACCGAGCCGGAUUUCUUCGACAGCCCUGACGAGACCUACUGGAUUCCGUACUGCCUGAGUUUCCUCUCGAGGUAUCCCUUGUACAACCUGCUCGGCGACUACCUUCGAGGGAUGUGGAUCCACUGGAACAAGGCUACCAAUCUGUUUCACGCUGAGGAGGUAUCUCGCAUACUGAGCUUCCCCGCGCCACGACUGAACGACCUAGUCCGCAUUGACAUGAAGGAUUACGCGCUGUGCUACCAAUUCCCCUCUUCACCGACCGGUUUUCAAAAUUUUGCCAUGUGGCCGCUGUUCACCUGUCUCUCAAUUCCCAACAUCGUAGGCGUAAUUGAGGCCGCAGUAUCGCCAACACGACGAAUCAUCUUCACCAGCCACUACCCCGCAGUGCUCACCAUCGCAGCUGAAACGGUGCGAUAUUGCGUUCGGGUGUAUGAGUGGAGCGGUCUGUACGUACCUGUCGUGCAUGCGCGUCACGUCAAGGACCUCGUACAAGAACCGGGACCAUACAUCCUCGGUGUAACGUCGGAAUGUCGAUCGUUAUUCACCGCACCAAACGAUGCCCUUGUAGUGGACCUGGACCGAAACUUCGUGCUGACUUCGAGCCCGCCGACCGCCCUGACAGCUGGACAGAGGACCAAGAUGAUUCAGCGUCUCACGCAGGCUCUCAACGGCGAAGUGUCGCCGACCGGUGUCCCACAGCAUCUGCGAUCUGCUUACGGUGGCGGCAAGCUGAUCCCUGCCGGUCAGAUCAUCGUCAUGCGCGGUGAGGUUGAGAGCAUUCAGGACCCAGAGUGGUGGAACCAGGAUGCGGUAAUGUCCAUCAUGGACCACGUGUGUGAGAAGCUCGGCCGCAACAGUGGGAUGAAGGCGAUCUUUGGUGGAUCUGUCAAGAAACCACUGAUGACCAAGGUCUCCAUGCGCCACCUCAAUGAGAUUGUUCGCGAGCGCAAUCAGUACUCUCGUGACGCUCAGGAGGCUUGGCAGGACUUCAUCAAUCUUAAGGGUCGCAUGGACACGGAGCUUUCCAAGGUCUCCAAGCGCAACAACUUCCUGGUCGAGGAGCUUGAGAGCUGGAAGCAGCAAUUCCUCAAGUUUCAGACGUUUGCCGAGCAGCUUACAAAGGAGACCCAGGAGCUCAAGAUCAAAAUCGAGAACCACAAACGCGAAAAUCGUCGCCUCACAAGUCUCAUUGACCAGCAGAAGGAUGAUGCCGCACGUCUCACAGUUCGCCUCUCUGGAACUGAAAAGCAGCGUGACGAUGCUCUGGAAGCUCUUGUCCUUCAGCAGGAGAUCGCUGAAGAGCUCGAGCGCGAGAGGCAGAGGAACAAGAAGGAUCUUUCUGCACUUCAGCACACCAACUCUGCACUCGUUCGACAGCGUGAUGAGACUCAGCGCGUUGUCCUCCACCUUCGUGCUCUUAUCGAGGGUCAGACCCACCACAUGGAACACAUUGUCAAGUCUCUGAACCAGGAUGACAUGAACAACUACAUGGCGGAGGGUUUCCCCGAGGACGUUGAGGAGGAGGAUGAAGAGGACGAGUUCCAUGAUUCUGAGGCACCUCAGACGCCCAGGAAGGACAGGUCAGAGGUUGGCACCAUUCGCGGCGUUUCUGGUAUCGACAGCCAGGCUGGCUCAAGAUCAAGCACCGCAAACGGUACGCAUCUCGAGGGCGAGGACGUCACACCCGACAUGGAACACCGCUUACACAACUCUCCAGCGCGCAACUCGAAGCGUUUCUCCAACCAAUCCAUGGUCGACGUUGCCGACCGCGUGCUCCGCGACAAGACCGACGCAAUUGCAUACAUCAUCCGCAACAUCUCCGAGCAGUGCGCCGCCGCUGUCGAGGGCCUUCAGCUCGCCCAGCGCGCCGACACUGAGGACGGCGACAACAACAGUGAGCGCCGCGCCAGCCUUGGCCAGCAGUCGACAGUUGACGGCCGCACGCAGUCGACGAUCGGCAGCGAGUACGGUGAUGAGGACAUGCUGCGCCCUGGUCGUGGCUCCAGCAUCCCUCCCACUCCUGAUCUGAGCCACCGAUCAAGCACAUCGAUGUCUAUGACGAGCGCCUCGACAACGCCAGAUCGGUCGAGCCUGCAGCACCGAACGCACGAUGUCCUUGAUGUCCCCACUCGCAUCGUCGAGGAUGAGGCCUUCGAGGACAACAACUCGUACUCCGACCUGCCCGUGUCCAAGUACGCCACCCCUCUCCCCCGCUCGCGCCAGAGUUCGCGGCAGCAUGUGCGGUAGACCCGCACGGCUUAUGUGCGACGAUCUCUCAGCUGGCUCAACUAGCCUCAUACCUGAUCCCUGACCUCAUAAUGCCUAAGCUUCCGCUUAGGUUGGUGGCGGGACAGUCUUAACCUCACCACUGCCUCAUGGCAACGCCAUCUGGCACUUCGGCUUCUCGCCACCCCACAUUUGCAUUGCCUUUCCUUUGGCGCAGGCGUCGGCGUCAAAAGGGGCGAACUCACGUUCUUACUGUCCUUGAUCACACGUUCGAUCUACACGUUUCCCACCCCACGAAUUCUUCUUGUGUACGGCCAUUCUUAGGUAGCGCGGGCUGCGCAGAGGAGGAAAAGGAUCUGGAUCUGUGAGAUCUGGACCUCAUGUGAUGCGAGAGUAGGAGAUGUCUUCUUAUGUAUCUUAUCUUAGCGAGCUUUUUGUAGCGUAUAAUACCAUAUCUCAUCGUCUCUAC